CAAGCCUGACAGCGGGGUGCGCGCCGAGCGCUCGGGUCUGGAGAGGCGCUGAGGAGAUAACCCUCCUAGGAUGUAGCCCAAGACACUCGGAACAUCUGAAGAAUAUAGAUUGCAGAUUUCCCAAUGGCUAUCCCUAUAACUAUCCUUGAUUGUGACCUCCUGCUCUACGGCCGAGGACACCGCACACUUGACCGGUUUCGCCUGGAUGACGUUUCCGAUGAGUAUUUGGUUUCUACUUAUGGCUUUCCCCGACCAUUUAUUGACUACCUGGUUGAACUUUUGGGUGGCAGCCUAUCCCGGCCAACUCAGCGAUCCCGUGCAAUCAGCCCUGAGACCCAGAUCAUGGCGGCUCUUGGAUUUUACACCUCCGGUUCCUUCCAGACACGUAUGGGCGAUACGAUUGGAAUCAGCCAAGCCUCGAUGAGCCGCUGUGUGACCAAUGUCACCGACGCUCUGGUGGAGAGAGCCUCGCAGUUCAUUUGUUUCCCGCAGGAGGACGCUUCAGUACAGAAGCUGAAGGAUGACUUUUACAGCUUGGCUGGGGUCCCUGGUGUGCUGGGAGUAGUAGACUGCUUGCAGAUAUCCAUUAAAGCCCCCAAUGCAGAAGACCUGUCGUAUGUGAACAGGAAGGGCUUGCAUUCUUUAAACUGCCUUCUUGUGUGUGACAGUCAGGGGGUUCUUCUAUGGGCUGAAACCCACCGACCCGGCAGCACUCAGGACAAUAUAGUUCUCCACCAGUCCAACCUUUCUUGUCUAUUUGAGACAAAAAUGCACAAAGAGGGCUGGUUGCUGGCGGACAGCGCUUUCCAUCUUCGGCCUUGGCUUAUGACACCAGUGCAAAUCCCAGAGACCCCUCAAGAGUAUCGAUACAAUAUGGCGCACUCUGCUACUCAUAACGUCAUGGAGCGCGCCCUGCAGGCACUGCGCCAUCGCUUUCGUUGUCUGGAUGGAUCUCGCGCCACCUUGCAGUACUCGCCUGAGAAAUCGGGGCAGAUCAUCUUGGCCUGCUGCAUACUGCACAACAUCGCGCUUCAGCAUGGCCUGGAUAUUUGGUGUGACCCUGGACCUUCCUCCAUGGAGACGGAAGAGGACUGUAAUAACAUGGAAGUGGUCGAAACGGAGGCUUACAGUAUGAGACAGGAACUAAUCCUAAAUCAUUUCAGCUAAUGUCUUGCAAAAUUAAAAAAAGACGUUCCACGCUUCGCUCAUGACCCCGAUGUGUGCUGUAAAUACAGAAAGCAAUCUACACCUUUUACUGCCUGUUCAAUAUGUGAAAACGUUUCAUCAGUACAGACCUACAGCUCCUCCUCUUCUUUAAUGUCCCUCUGACAACCCUUCCUGUUCUAUCAGGCAUUUGUCUUGUCUUAUGGACACUGGGAGGAUCUGUAUCCCCAUCUGUACGCGUGGAUAUUGAUAGGAAUAGUGAU